UGAAGCCUGUCUGUACACUCCGGAUCAGCAGGCGGCAGUAGCGCGCGGUACCGUUAUCUCAGGAGCGGGAGUGCUAGUAAGUGUUAGGAAGUGAAGGUCGGUAAGAGCAUGGCGGCUCUGCGAGUUCUGAGCUGUGUGAGAGCGGCUCUCAGUACCGCUUACUGCGCCGCAACCUCCGGUACUUUAACCCGCGUACCCUUCUUACCCCCGCUGACCGGCUUCUGCUUCCCCGCUGCUCGGGGGAUUCGGCAGGUUGUGGAAAAGAAGGAGGGUAAAACUACACUGAUUGAAGGUGUAACAGUAGCCACACCAGACAGAGCACAGCCUCCAAAUCCAGCAGCAAAAUGCCCUAUUUACCAGUGGAACCUGCAGAACAAGUACACAUACGAGGAUGUGUUGCUGCUUAGUCAGUUUAUCCGCUCAGAUGGAGGGAUGCUGCCAAGGCGUAUCACGGGUCUCUGUCCUGAGGAACACCGCAAGAUAGCCAUCUGUGUGCAGAUGGCUCAUCGAGCAGGUCUCCUUCCAGACCACAGACCUGCAGGCCACGUCCCAAAGCCCAAGACAACAACCCCACUCAACAGGUACCUGACACGCUACUCUGUUAAAUCAGUGAAGCCCAUCUACAGAACAGGACUAAAAUGGUGCAAAAAUCGCAUGCCUGUGGGACAUCCUGCUUUAAAGAACAAUGUGACAUACAGCCUCAAGCCAGUCUACAUAAAGCACUGACGUGCUCAGGCAGAAGAGAAGACAACACUUGUAGACAGGACAGCAGACCUACAGGAAUCUUCAUAUUUAAACAUCAAGGACCUUUCUCUAGGGUAGCUGAUGAUCCAUUAAAGAGGUUACAGUUAGCCAAAAUGAGGACUUGUUGAAACCCUGAGUUUAAAAUAAGACUGCUGUAGUACUCCAAUAAUAAUUAUUUUCUCCCUCCCGUAACUGUUUCUAUUAAACAUUUGAUGUGGGUAUGUUA